AUGCCAUCUUCCACAUCGGCGCUUGUCGCCACCCUCGCGUCAGCGCUCCUCCUAGCCCGAAGCGCGAGCGCACAAGUCUCGCUCUCUCCCGCCACUAGCCCUUCAAGCGCCGGCUCGGUCAUCUCCAAUACCAUCAACCCAUCCUACGCCGGCUUCGGUAUCGAGCCUUCGGAUCUCUUCGUCUACACCGGAACCUCCUCCGCCAAUCAGCUCACCUUUAACCUCCUCUCGAACCUCGCCAACUACACCGGCGCUCCUCCCCACAUCCGUAUCGGUGGCAAUGCAGGCGACACCAUGCUCUACGACUCGUCCGUCACUGGCUACGCUCUUCAGCAGAACCCAGGCGCUUCUGGUCAGGGCAGUGCAAGGCCGUCAGAUUAUUACUUGUUCGGCGACGAUUACUUCAAGGUCAUGAAGUACUUCCCUGAUCACACACCCAUCACCUACGGUCUUAACCUCGCUUACCAAGGCUCCGACGCCCUGCAGCGCAUCGUCGAACAGGCCGGUGCCGCCUUUGACAAUAUUGGCACUGCUGGCUCUGGCAGCGGCCCCAAGCUCUACAGUCUCGAGAUCGGCAACGAGCCUGAUCUCUACAUCGACCUCGGCUACCGCUCCAACAACUGGAGUCCCACCGACUUUGGUAAUGAAUGGGCGUCCCGCGCCGAGGUCAUCUACAACCAAACCCUCAAGCCCAGAGGUGUUAGCUCUGAUUUCUUCGAAGUCGCUGCUACCGCCACCACCGCCUCCAAGAACGGUCAGCCAUUCCGUAUCGCCAACCUCGUCGGCAACACUCAAGGUGUCGCUGCCGACAACGGUAUCUACGUCGCCGGAUGGAACCAGCACGACUAUUACUACUACGUCGGCGUCUCCGGUUACAACCUCACUAUGUCUCUCCUUCUCGAUCUCUCCCAGACCGUCAAGCAGUUUGGUGAAUGGGCCAACCAGGUCAGCCAGUCCCGCAUCACCGGCAAGCCUUACUACCUACGAGAGAUGGGCAGUGUUGGACCCAACGGCUUGGCUGGUAUCAGCGAGACCUUUGGCAACGCCCUCUGGACCUUGAACUUCUUCUUCUACGCUGCCAGCAUCAAGGUGGACAGUGUCCAGAUGCACAUGACCCAGUACUCGAUCGCUGCGCCUUGGCAGACCAACAACUUCAACAACCAAAGUCCUCACGUUCGUCCCACGUACUACGCAUGGGCUGCCUGGGCUCAGAUUAUUGGGCCCACCUGCAAUGCACAGAUUGCACCCAUCACGCUCAGCAACCAACCAUCCUCGUACAACAACCGUCUGGGUGCUUACGCCGUCUAUCGUGGAAACACCUUGACCUCGGUGGUCAUGAUCAACUCCCAGCCAUACUACUCGUACAGCGGCAACCCUUCCUACCAGAAUUUUGCCAUCAGCUUGCCUUCUCUCGCUGGCCAGACCGUCUACCUCUCGGUGCUCUACGCCAACGGUGCCGACGCGACCAGCAACAUCCAGUGGAACGGCAUCAGCUACGAGCAGAGCGGCACUGGUCAGCCUAGCACCGUCAACGGAAGCCAGUGGACUAUGACCGUGGGUUCCGACGGUACCCUCACUGUCCCCGUCCGCGACAGUCAGGUCGUCGUCGCCAGCACGGUCCGCCUGGGUCGAGAGGCUGUCAACACCAAGAACUGCCAGAGCUUCAUCUCGAGCACGGCUGCCAGCAGCAGCGGCGGCGGUUCUGCUUCCGGCACCUCCGGCAGCAAGCCCGCGCCCACGUUCAAGUCCACCACUGGCUUCAAGUCGAACCUCCCUCUCAGCAUGACGGCCAUCAUUGCCAUCGCUGCCGGUGGUGGUGUGCUUCUGAUUGCUCUGCUUGGCCUCUUCAUCUGGUGCUGUGUGCGUUCAUGCAAGAAGAGCAACCGACGCAAGGCACGCUCUGCUGCUAUCCUCAAGGCGCCUCCUCGUCACGAUGACCACCCUCUGCUUGAAAGGGACGGAGCCGAUGAAAGCUACGCAUCAUACCCCGCCUACCAGAAAGGCUACGACGCUUCACCUGCCCUUAAAGGGUGGGAUAGCCCCAUGACUUCGGUGAGCCACCAGCAUCAUGUGCUCCCAUCUCAGUCGUACAACAAUGUCCAGCCUCAGUACGAGUAUGUCCCGCCAGGCUAUCAGUACAACCAGCACACUCCUCAGAUGAUGCAUUCGCCGGCACCUCAGCAGAUGCACUUCCAGCAAACACAUGUGCAGAACCCAUACCGAGCCUAUUCAAACAGCCAGCCCGGGUACAGCCAAUCUGGGCACAGUCAUGGCCAUGGUUACGGAGGCGGUCACGCAUUCUAA